CCUUUUCCAGCAAUCCGGCACGCUUGUGAGUCGUAAAGAUGGAGGACCUGAGAGCAACCUACAGAGACACGGAGGACGAGAGCAACGAAUCCUCCCUCAACACCACCGCCACAGCGACGGUCGCCGCCGACUCUCCCAUGACGGAAACGCCGCCAUCCGCCGCCGUCAACGGAGGAGCCGCCGCCGCUUCUGAAAUCACGGCGCCGCCCGAGUCCGAAAAUCAUAAUUCGGUUGCGAAACGCAAGUCUCCGGCGAAAUUGGCCAAGGCGUCUGAAACAGAAGAGGAAGAGGACGAAGAGAUUGAGGAGGAGGAGGAAUUGGAGCCUCCUACGAAGAAGCAUAAGCCACUAUCUCCUGUAACCCCGUCGUCGCCGGCUCAGCCGCCAGAUGUGGAACGAGCCGAGGGUGAAAUUACUGAUAUGCCCUUGGACACUCCGGUAGUCACCACUACGCCGACGAAGACUACUACCGAGGCGAAAGAGCCCGCUUCGAAGAGUAGCAAGAAGGCAAAAUCGAAGAAGAAGAAUAACAAUGUGUGGACGAAGCCCACUUCGAGAAAGGGGAAGAAGAAGAACAAAAACAACGGCAACCAGAACGGGAAUAAGAAGAAUGGGAACGAACAGGAAGCGGAGGACAAGGUGCUGAUAACUCCGAUUCCGAGGUUCCCGGAUAAGAAUGACGAUGGACCAGAGAUGAAAAUAUGCCUUUCGAAGGCCUACAAGGCAGAGAAAGUUGAGGUGAGCGAGGAUAGAUUGAGUGCUGGAAGUACUAAAGGCUACAGAAUGGUAAGGGCCACGAGAGGGGUGGAAGAAGGGGCAUGGUAUUUUGAGAUUAAGGUGAUGAAGUUGGGGGAGACGGGGCAUACACGGCUGGGGUGGUCCACUGAAAAAGGGGACCUUCAGGCGCCGGUUGGGUACGAUGGGAAUAGCUUUGGCUAUAGAGAUAUUGAUGGGAGCAAGAUACACAAGGCACUUAGGGAGAAGUAUGGGGAAGAAGGAUAUGGUGAAGACGAUGUUCUUGGAUUUUAUAUCAGUUUGCCAGAUGGGGAAAAGUAUGCGCCUAAUCCACCCCGCCUUGUUUGGUACAAGGGACAGAGGUAUAUGUGCUCAUCUGACCCUAAAGAGGACCCUCCAAAAAUUGUGCCUGGGAGUGAGAUAUCUUUCUUCAAAAAUGGCAUAUGUCAAGGUGUUGCUUUCAAGGAUCUUUAUGGUGGUCGUUACUAUCCAGCUGCUUCUAUGUACACACUUCCCAACCAGCCUAAUUGUGUUGUGAAGUUCAAUUUUGGCCCUGAUUUUGAAUGCUUUCCAGAGGAUUUUGGUGGGCGCCCAUUACCAAAGCCUAUGAUUGAAGUUCCAUAUCAUAGCUUUGAAGGAAGAGUUGAGAAUGGUAAUCAGUGGCAUUCGGUCAGAAUGUGCCCGAUGCUCAAAGUGGUAAAUCAACAAGAUUGUAAUAAUGUGGAAGCUGCUGAAAUGAACAGCUAAGCUUGUGGAUAUACUCAGGUUGGUUGUGUUUAAACUUUGUAAAUGAAAUCUGUAGAAAGCUACAUAUCUUCUAAUUUUCCAGAUUUUACCUAGUUGUAAUAUUAUUAGUGCCUAGAGAACUUACUCUUGCUGAAAGAGAGAGUUGGCAAACUUCCCAUCGGUUUCCAUUUGCACAUUGUGUACCUUUUCUUAUGGACU